AUUCAGUUGACAAGCGAAUCCACGACAAACAACGACGAUCUAAGAUGCGCUCUAUGCUCUCUGCGGUUUCGUGCCUUUCCAUGGCUGUCUGCAUAAUGGCAGGCAACUUGGAACUCGGCGAACGAGUGGAGGGCGAUUAUCUUUGCACCAACAGAACUAUCUUCAAGCCUGCUAUCCCGUGGAAACCCAUGAGAGCCAUGAUCAGUGUGAAGACUCCAACAACCGAUGAAACUAUCACCUACGUUAAGUUCAGCAAUGAGGGAGACAAAGAGGCUGACUUUACAUUGAUUAAAGGUGGCGUCGGCACGACAUCCAUGGUUGUGAUGGCAACUGGAAAAUUUGGUGAGGGAAUGUUUGUGAGAGUGGAAGGUUACGCCAUAGCUCCAGUUACUACAACGGAAGUGCCAACCACAUCGGUACCGACAACGGAGCCGGUGGAGGUGACCACAGAAGAGACUGAGACGAGCGAGGAGUAA